CCACUUUUUUUUUUUUUUUGGCUUUUUUCAGAGUAAAAUACAAGUCUCGCCAAGGCAAACAUGAAUGAGAAGUAUAGGUUCCUCCAUUGCAUAGGGUUCUUGCUGCUGCUUGCUACUGCGGCUCAAAGCAACAAGGGUAUCACGAGAUGCGCUGAAAAGGGCGGCUUCUGCGUUCCCAAGGAUUUAUGUGACACUGGAUCUGAAUUCCUUUGUGAUGAAGAAAAUGAAGUCUGCUGUCCGUAUAAUCCUCUCUCUAAGACGAAGCGCUCUCCUCGGGAUAUUGAAAUUCCCUGCCAGUCGACAAAGGAGUGUGAAUUUACCUACAACGGCGUGUGCCAGAGUUGGUGCGAAGAUGGCAGGAUUCCUACAGGAUUCUGCUCUAGAGACUGCCUGUGCUGUGGAUGCCCGACGACAGACAAAUGCAGAGAGUUUUCAGGCUAUUGCACCGUUGAUCGUUGCUCCUGUAAUGGUACGAUAAUCCCCGACUGGUGUAUUGGAGAGAAAUGCAUUUGCUGCCUGCCAGAAGAAUGCCUACCGAGUGAUGAGUGUGCAGCCAACAACGGAACAUGCAGAAAGACUUGUGCUGAGGGAGAAGAGCCGCUACCAGGAGCUGGUUGCGUUGAUGUGGUCGGUGAAUCCUGCACGUGUUGCAUUCCAACUUGCCCUAACACAACAUCCUGUCUGGAUGUAGAUGGCUAUUGCACCUCAAACCUUGAUGAGACCUGUAAUGGUGCAUUGCUUCCAGAGAUGUGUGCUGGAGAGAAAUGCUCUUGCUGCCGGCCAGAUUGUCCCGGAUCAGAUGUCUGCCGAGAAGCACAAGGCUAUUGUUCUCACCCUAACUUCUGUAACGGUACAAUAGGCCCACAGUUGUGUCCUGGAGAUAACUGCAUUUGCUGCUUACCUGGUUGCCAAGAAGACACAAUUGCCUGUAGAGAAGCAAAUGGUUAUUGCACAAAUCCUAAAACCUGUGAUGGUAUGAUAUUGCCUGAUUUGUGUCUUGGAGAGAACUGCGAUUGCUGCGUGACAGGUUGCAAAGAAGACACAAUUGCCUGCAAAGAAGCAAAUGGUUAUUGCACAAAUGCUGAAACCUGUGAUGGUAUGAUAUUGCCUGAUUUGUGCCUUGGAGAGAACUGCUAUUGCUGCGUGUCAGGUUGCAUACAAGACACAAUUGCCUGCAAAGAAGCAAAUGGUUAUUGCACAAAUGCUGAAACCUGUGAUGGUAUGAUAUUGCGUGAUUUGUGUCUUGGAGAGAACUGCGAUUGCUGCGUACCAGGUUGCAUACAAGACACAAUUGCCUGCAAAGAAGCAAAUGGUUAUUGCACAAAUGCUGAAACCUGUGAUGGUAUGAUAUUGCGUGAUUUGUGUCUUGGAGAGAACUGCUAUUGCUGCGUGUCAGGUUGCAAAGAAGAAACAAUUGCCUGUAGAGAAGCAAAUGGUUAUUGCACAAAUCCUAAAACCUGUGAUGGUAUAAUAUUGCCUGAUUUGUGUCUUGAAGAGAACUGCGAUUGCUGCGUGACAGGUUGCAUACAAGACACAAUUGCCUGCAAAGAAGCAAAUGGUUAUUGCACAAAUGCUGAAACCUGUGAUGGUAUGAUAUCACGGGAUUUGUGUCUUGGAGAGAACUGCUAUUGCUGCGUGCCAGAUUGCAUAUCAGAUGAGUGUGAAGCAAAUGAUGGUUACUGUACUACGAGGCCUGAUGCCUGUUUUGGUCGAAUAAUCCCUGAAUGGUGUAAAGGGGAAAACUGCUUUUGCUGUUUGCCAGAAUUGGUUACUCUACUCGCCUAGAAUCCAAAAAAGAAGAAUCGACAGGCCAUCUUUCGAAUUCCCUGAUGUUCGUUCAUUAAUGUACAAAGUACAGUUUAUCAACCACUAGCUUUCGAAGACACGGUCUUCAUUAGGUACGGAUGAACUGAGGAGAUGACAACUCCCCUCUUUGGUAUGUGUGUGCUCCUCCCAACAUUUUUUUUUCUAAUCCCUGGGAUGAUCUGCCCGUUGCUCUUCAGCCCCUCUUGCCCUUCUGUGCAGUCUUCUUGUUCUCCUUGGUUGUAUGCUUAAUCAGGAAGAUUACAGGGAAGGGUAGGAUUAGCUGAAAGUCUUCUGACAGGUCAUUCCAGGGGUAAAUAAAAGGAAAAUAACUUACGUAAGGAGGAGCCCGUAUAUAUCCGUACAUGAUGAAGAAGGCUAUGUCUUUGAAAGCCAGUACUUAGCAAAUUGUGCAUUGUAAAUGAAAGAAUCUGAAAUCUAAACCAUCCCAUCUCAUUGAAGCCUAACACGAGUAAUACGAAUAUAGUUUAUACACAGUAAAGUCUUGUAGCUAUUUUGUGAUAUACUUACAAGUAUAGUACAUUCCUUUUGAUAUCAAUAAAUUUUUAUUAACUUGUAAAAACAGCCAUCGAAGGAAUGUUAUAAAUGUUCAAAUUUGGAAUAUCAAUGAUAUCAACAAGCAUUACUAUAUAUGAAUAUUGGAAUGUUUUUAAUUGCACAAUAUUAAUCAAGGUUUGAUUGCAUUGGAUACUACUGUUUACUUCUACAUGUAGAUGUUUAAAUUAAUAAAUCGGCAUUAAUCAU